CAUGCAAAGGUCAAAGGUCAGAAGGAACAACAGAAAGUCUGUUUGUAACCAAUUAAUCAUUAAUAAUACCAACAAACGUCAGUCAUCACUUCGAUGUGUGUGAAUGAUUAAGAUGUUCAGUUAUUGAAGAAAUGAAUAGAUUAUUAAUGAGAUUAUGAGUCAGCGGAUUGCAUUAUUGAUAAGGCCGAAAAAAAGAGCUCACACACAUAAUGUUCUUAUUUGCAUCUUCUGAAUGUUUUCUAUCUAGUUGAUGAUUUACUUGCUCCUGAAGCUGAAUGACCUUUGACCUUUCAGUCGUCCAGAUGUUGUCUUUCCGCCGCUCAAAGUUCCGUCACGUCUUUGGGAAGCCGUCCACCAAGGAGCACAGCUACGCCGGCGUGUCCGUCACCCGCAGCGUCCACGACAACCACCACUGCUCGGCCAAUCCCUGCUUCAUCGCCGUGGUGACGGAGUGUGCCGGGGGCGGGUCCUUUUUAGUGCUGCCCAUUCAUCAUACAGGAAGGGUGGACCCUCAGCACCCAAAGGUGUGCGGUCACAGUGGGAGGGUCCUGGAUGUCAAGUGGAACCCGUUUGACGAUCACUGCAUUGCCUCUUGCUCAGAGGAUUGCACUGUGAAGAUCUGGGACAUCCCCGUCUGUGGCGUCCAACAGAACCUCACCAAGGCCAGGAAGACUCUGAUUGGUCACUGCAGGAGGGUGGCGCUUGUUGAGUGGCAUCCGACAGCUCAGAACCUGCUGCUAAGCUCCGCCUACGACUACAAGGUCCUCCUCUGGGAUGUGUCCCAGGUAGCCUCAGUGCUCAGGUACCCGGUCCAGGUGGUUCUGAUGCCCAUCCACCACAGCUGCCCCUCUGAUACUCUGCUGCUGUCGGUCAGCUUCAACCGUGACGGCAGCAGGCUGGCAGUCACGUCCAAAGACAGACGGGUCAGAGUACUGGACCCUCGGACAGGAAAGAUCCUACAGGUGUCCAGCAACAAGUCCCACAGAGCCAGCAAAGUUUUAUACAUUGGAGGGUUGAAGAUGCUUCUGUCAACAGGCAGCUCUUCUUGGAACCACAGACAGAUCGUCCUCUGGGACCCGGUGGAUUUAUCUGAGCCACUGUAUGAAGAAGACUUGGACGGCUCAGCUGGAGUCCUCUUCCCGUUCUAUGACCCGGACACCCACAUGCUCUACUUGGCAGGAAAGGGGGAUGGAAACAUCCGGUACUACGAGCUGAGCCCCCACAAACCGUACAUCAGCUUCCUGUCGGAGUACAGGUCUCUGCUGCCACAGAAAGGACUCGGUGUGAUGCCAAAGCGCGGCCUGGACGUAAGGGCCUGUGAAGUUUUCCGCUUUUACCGACUUAUCGCGGUCAACGACCUGGUGGAACCACUCUCAAUGAUCGUACCCCGAAAGGAAGCAGAUGCUUUCCAAGAGGAUCUGUACCCAAUGACAGCCGGAAACCAGGCGGCCAUGACGGCUCAAGAGUGGCUGCAGGGCGUCAACAGAAGCCCGGUGCUGAUGUCGUUGAUCCCUGGGACCCAGAUAGCCAACCCUUACCCAGAAACCCCUGCUGAGAGAGGGCUGGUGAGGCAGCUGAUGAGCCCCCCGAGGUUCCGGGUGGAUCUGGCUGUUGGAGCAGUGACCGGACCCAACCUGGACGUCAUGCAAGAGGCCUUCCUGGAGGAGCAGCUGGCCUACCAGGACACCAAGUACCCCAGGGAGGUGAGCGAUCUGUCGGGCUGGCAGCCGGAUGAGACCCAGGUCCCGCUGUGGACGUACUGCUGUACUCCACACUGCCCCGAACCCGCGGAGGGGCCCCCGCCUCCUUCAGAGGGCGAGCUCCUGCAGGCUUUUUAUAGGCAGCAGGACGAUAUCAGAGGCCUGAGAGAGCAACUCAAUGCCAAAGAUGAGAGGAUCAAUCAGUUGGAGCUGCACAUAAAAAACACCAGAAAUAACAUGAGGGCCACCUUCUGAUCCAACCAAUCAGCUCUCACGCUGAACCAAUCAGGCUCCUUCAAGGGAACACACGUGACUCUCUCUUGAUGUAGUCAAAGUGAUGCUGUUGUGUUUGCAGAACCCCACUAGGAGCUCCUCCCCCUCCCCCUCCAUGAGGAACGAGAACACAAUUACACAAUACUGCAUUUCACGAGUUACAACCCUGAAUGAAGAAGCAUUGGUACUAUGAGGAAGGUUUACUAAUGUAAUGUGCCGACGUCAUGUUGCACUGUUUGACUGCUCCUGCGAUGAAGGACUGCCACUGUAGUGAACACCGAACGAUAUUCAACUUCAUGUAAUAAGACAUCUCUGCG